ACCAACGAUUUUGGGUUCUUCGACAGACAAGAGACAAGGCCUUAUCCGGAAUUCCCAUCAUACCCUGACACCCACCACCUAUCUUCUAGAGAUCCUUGAAUCCUUGAAUCCUUGAAUCCUAGAGUCAUAUGCACGCAUAUCUGUCAAUCUAACAGCAACUCUCCGACAACUUUUUAAACAAAGCUUGGUUUACUAUAUAUGUACCUGUGUCACCAGACCUUGAAUCCUCAUACUACUUCAUUUUGUACAUUUUACACAUUUACACCGCUACACACAUAGAAUAUCUCAGAAAUAUCCUCAUACAUAUUUAAUACUUUCAGCACACCAUUGUAUAUUCUCUUACAUCCUCAACAACUCAUACCUUUAUCACCUCGGUGAAUUAAUAACACAAUGGCUCGUACAUUUUUAGAAACUCUCCCAAGAGAGAUUCGCGAUCAAAUAUAUGGUUACGUUCUAUCAUCACAUUCAAGGAGUGUAUAUCUAUCCGAAAGUGUCAUCAAUGACCCCGAUUACCCCCAAGAAGAAUACUCAGCAGCUGGAAAACCUCCAUAUAUCAUUCGAACUAAAUCCCAUGGCGAAACCAUACGCCUUUCCUUUUUACGAACUUGUCGACAAAUCUAUCAUGAAGCUAAAGUUGUUUUCUGGGAGCAGAAUUCACUUAUCCUUGAUGGCAUCCUACCUCGAACAUACAUCGACCAUCCCAUAUUAGGCAGACUACCAGGUUCGAUAGCCUCAAUGGCUACUUCUGUCGAACUCAAGAUAGAUAUAUUAGGUCGUUCAGCUUUCCGUAGAAAGUCUGAUUUGUGCGAGGAUAGUCCCUCUCUUGUUCCAUUCGAAUAUCAAUUGAAGGAUCUUGCGCGAUGGCCAAAUUUAAAGAGAAUAAAGUUACAUAUGAGUCUUGGAGAAGACCCAUGGGGCAAUUAUGAUGGAUACGGUCACAGUGGAUUCGCAAGAUUACUCUACUGGAGACUCCGAGGUGGAUCAAACGAUCAUUGGCAUAACUUGGUCCGAUCAAAUAUCAAAGCGUUAGAAGAAGCCGGUGGAAAAGAUGGCUAUCUAUCUCAUGUCAAGAAAGAGUUGGACAUCAACACCGGUUGCGCACUUCCCAAUGGCAAUGGAUUUCCUCAACGGAUGUUAAAGAUGAGUACUGGAUCUCCAGGUGAAAUUUUACAAGAGUUAAGUGAGGCAUGGUUUGGUAAUCUAUUUGUCGAUGGUAGAUUAUCUUACCUCGAGGGUGAAGAGAAGGAAGAUAUGUUCGUUCAACAACCUACACCACGUCUACCCAUGCUCGACCAUUUCUUCUUUUUCAAAUACGACAUUGAUCGUUGGGUGGAUGGACAAUCGGGUGUAAGGUUAUGGGGAAAAGCGAAACAGAUUUGGCCAGCAGGGAAUGAGGGUAAACAAGCAAGAAGAGAUGCUUGGGAGGAUUCAGGUAGAAUGGGUUGUUCUUUUGAUGUUAUGCGGGAAAUUCAUUGGCCUUGGAAACAAAUGUCACCUCCUGACUUUGUUCCGUAGGUUUUUUCUGGGGGGGGUUUUUUUUUCAUUUUCCCAAUUGUUACGAUUACAUGUAUUACGAAUUUUCUUUAUCUUUGUAUCAUCAUCAUUUAUCAGUUAUUAUGGAAUAUAUCAGCUAGCUAGGCGUUGUGGAAUUUUGCUUUUGUUACUUUUACGAAUAUAUACAAAUUUACAU